ACUAUUAAAAUUUAAAAUCAAUUUCAAUUUUCAAUGUUGGUCAUUCUGAAUAUACUAUGGUCGAUUUCCGUUAGCUAUCACGUUUCGUUUAGACUCCUUUCCGGUACGGUAACAGAAUGACGGGGUUCAGUGAGAAGCCAAUAUUAAUAGAUGGCCGCGGCCAUUUACUUGGGCGAUUGGCGGCUAUCGUUGCCAAGACCAUCUUGCAAGGCAACAAAGUUAUCGUUGUACGUAGCGAACAACUCAAUAUAAGCGGCAAUUUCUUCAGAAACAAGUUGAAAUUUAUGUCUUUUUUACGUAAGAGAUGUAAUGUAAAUCCUGCACGUGGCCCAUUCCACUUUCGUGCACCUAGCAAGAUUUUCUGGAAGACAGUUCGUGGUAUGAUACCACAUAAGACGCAAAGAGGAAAGGAUGCUCUCAGACGAUUGAAGGUUUACGAAGGAUGUCCACCACCGUACGAUCGCAGAAAGCGUGUUGUUGUACCUGGUGCCAUGAGAGUAAUGUGUCUUAAACCAGGCCGAAAGUAUUGUCAUGUGGGUAGAUUAUCUCACGAAGUAGGAUGGAAAUACAAGGCUGUGGUUCGUACACUAGAGAAUAAGAGACGUGUCAGAGCUAUUCUUGAAGUUCAAAAAAGAAACAAGCUUAAGAAACUUACUAAGCAAGCUGGUGAAGCAGUUUCCAAAGCCACAGAACCAUACACAAAAAUUAUUAAUGACUUUGGAUAUAAUUAACAUUAUAAAAAUAAUAAAGUCUUUUAAACUAUA